AUGGGAGCCGCCCGCCUGCUGCCCAGCCUCACGCUGUGCCUGCAGCUGCUGAUUCUCUGCUGUCAAACUCAGGGGGAGAAUCACCCGUCUCCUAAUUUUAACCAGUACGUGAGGGACCAGGGUGCCAUGACCGACCAGCUGAGCCGGCGGCAGAUCCGCGAGUACCAGCUCUACAGCCGGACCAGCGGCAAACACGUGCAGGUCACUGGGCGUCGCAUCUCCGCCACCGCUGAGGACGGCAACAAGUUUGCCAAGCUCAUAGUGGAGACAGACACCUUCGGAAGCCGGGUGCGCAUCAAGGGAGCUGAGAGCGAGAAAUACAUCUGUAUGAACAAGAGGGGCAAGCUCAUCGGGAAGCCCAGCGGGAAGAGCAAAGACUGCGUGUUCACAGAGAUCGUGCUGGAGAACAACUACACAGCCUUCCAGAAUGCACGGCAUGAGGGCUGGUUCAUGGCCUUCACGCGGCAGGGCCGGCCCCGCCAGGCCUCCCGCAGCCGCCAGAACCAGCGAGAGGCUCACUUCAUCAAGCGCCUCUACCAGGGCCAGCUGCCUUUCCCCAACCACGCCGAGAGGCAGAAGCAGUUCGAGUUUGUGGGCUCAGCCCCCACCCGCCGGACCAAGCGCACUCGGAGGCCACAGCCCCUGACAUAG